AUGGUGUCUAUGAUAGAAGAUUAGAACUUUAAGUCAGAGAUGCAAAAAGCUCCUCCUAAACUUAUUCCUAAUAACUAAAUGGAUAAUAUGAUAGACUAGAAGUAAGUUAGAACUUAGAGGUCAAGGACCUUUAAAAGCAAGAAUAAUCUUGAAGAGGAAAAAGUUGACUACGACUUUUUAAAGCAGUCGCCAGAAACAAUUCAGAAGACUAUAGAAAGAGAGAUUCAAAAUGAGAUUCAAGGGAAUAAAAAGAUAAAUUUCAAUGAAAUAUAUUGCAAGAAGCCCUUUGAACCUCUUGAUUUCAAGCCUGCUUAAGAUGAUGUUGAUCCGAUAUCCGAUGAUAACUGUUCUGGUUCUGAUUGCGAUGUGCCUGAUGAAGAGAAGAAGAGCACUAUCUUUGAAAUCAAGCAGUUUCAAAGGACAAAGUCUUUGUCUCUAAAAGAAGAGCUCCAAAAUGACAAAUAUCAAUCAAGAAGUAAAACUAAGUAUCAAAAGAGUAUUUACCCUACAAAGGACUAGCUUGAAACUUUAGACUUAAAACAAGGAUGCAAUGACAUUAUCUACUCAGUUCAAUCUAGGAUUUAAGGUAGAUAGAUUUUAAGGGGAAGGAUAUUCUUGUGGAACUAUGACACCAAGAUAAUUAUUUCAGAUGUUGAUGGAACCAUCACUAAAAGUGAUUUGCUUGGCCAUCUUUUGCCAAGAUUUGGAAGAGACUGGUCUCAUCCUGGCAUAGCAAAAUUAUUUAAUGAUAUCAAGUCUAACGGGUAUGAGUUCUUGUAUUUGACUGCAAGACCAAUAGGAAUGGCUGAUACUACGAGGGAUUAUAUAAAGGGGAUAUCCCAGGAAAAAUUGAGUUUGCCUGAUGGCCCUGUUAUCAUGAGUCCAGAUAGAGCUAUGAAGUCCCUCAAAAGAGAAGUGAUAUUCCGCAAACCUUAUCAUGAGACAAAUCCAUUCCAUGGUGGAUUCGGCAAUAGAGAGACAGAUGCUAUCUCCUACAGAGCUGUGGAUAUUGAUUUGAGAAAUAUUUUUAUAAUCAAUCCUUAAGGAGAGAUUCAUCAUUUUGACUCCUUAUACAAAAAGACGUAAAAUUUAUAGUCUAUAUAAUUCAAUGAUAGGUAUCAGCUUUUGGCGGAAUUAGUCCAUCAAAUGUUCCCAAGAAUUCAAGAUAAUGAUGCAGGACUGCUAGCAGAUCAAGAUUACGAGAACCUUGCUUCAGCUAAAAUUGAUGGAUCCAAGAAGAACUAAAUUAAAGAAGGAGACGAUUCAUAAAAUAUCUAAUAGAAAAAAUUCGAGAAUCUUGAAACAUUUGAAUUAGAUUCGAAUAAUUGUGAGAUUUGA